AUGCGUCUUCUUCUCUUGGUUGUGAAACGUGAAUCAGUAAACCUCUGCCUUUUGAAUCUGGAAAUCGGUGGAUGUAUAUGUGAGCUUCUUCACAGAGAUUUAUGGAUUGUUGAAUCCGACAUGGACUUCUGCAAAUUUCCGUUGAUUUACUCUGGUUCUUUGCAUUCGAUUGCAGAAUGUUGGAGAGUAUUUCAAACCUUGUAUGGAUGGUAUGGAAAACAAAAGUCACUCUGCUCUUCAUGGUGCAGAAGCUUUUCUCUUUUAUUGAUCAGACCUCAGGAAGUUCUUCUGCCAGGUCACUUGGUUACAAUAUAUGUUAAGGAAAAGCUUCAGGAAUGGCUGCUAAAAUCUAAAAAACUACUUCAAGAUGAAGCUGAUAACAGAAAGAAAACUUUGAGUUUGGAAGUUGUAUGUUCCAUUCCAUUAGAUGAUGUGAAGAAGGCAUUUGAUAAGAAUCCUGCAAAACAAGUCGGUUCAGCUGUUGAAAAUAUGUUGAAGACUGGAAGAUUGGUUACACAGUUGACUCUUGAUCUGAAAGAGUAUGAUCCUUUUUCUCUACUUAUGUACAGGACAUGGGGUUUUGUAUGCAUGCAUGACACGCCAGAUGGCGCUCCAUGUGGACUGCUGAAUCAUUUGACUGCCUCAUGUCAUCCAGAAGCUAGUAAAUCAGCUAAUCAGCUGGAGGACGCCAACUUCGCUUUUGUUGUAGUUUCCAAGACUUUUACUACAGCUGAGACUAUGCUGAAUGCAAGGACAUUCAUGGAAUGGAUCUCAUCUACUUUAGGGCCACAAGCUGUUUCAAAGCAUAUGGUUGCUGUUAGCACAAAUCUCAAGCAUUUGAUUUCCAGAGUUAUUGAUAAGGUUGGUUGCAUGCGAUCAAAAAAGGGCCAAUGGCACUCGAGACCAUGA